UCACUUUUCUUUAACGCCAACUCGUCUAGGUGGUGGUGUCUAACAACCCAGCUGAGAGCCUCUACUAGCUACACGGGCACGCACGUCUAGGGAACCUGGUCGCAACCUUGUCCUUAGGAUUCUCCUAAGAAACUGUUUUUAUAUCAGAACAUGUCGUUUUCUUUUGGGCAACAAGGUGCUAAACCACUUGGUUCUACCACAUCUUUUGGAGGAACGUCUCUUUUCGGUCAACAAAAAACAAAUCAACCGGCGACUUUUGGCUCAGCCGGUGGUUUGAAUGCAACGACGAAUCAACAAAAUACAAAUGCACAAGGUCAAACGAGUUUGUUUGGCAAUAAACCACUGUUUGGGCAGACGCAAACACAACCUGCCGCAAACACAACAGGAUCGUUGUUUGGAAACACCAACACAGGCUUAGGACAGAGCUCUGUAACACAGCCAACCAAUUUGUUUGGCCAAACGAAUGUUGGAGCCCCGAAUGCAUCUACUGCUGCAGCUAAUACUUCUACGACUGCUCAAGCAGCACCGUCUCUUUUCACAUGGAACGGUGCAAACACUAGCACAAACAAGGCUGCAGAAACAUCUACAAUGGGCCUUCAAGGACGAUCCUUCCUGGGAUCCUCCACGGCGGCUCCCGGUCAGUUGGGAUCUUCUAUAAUGAAUACAUCUACCAACCAAGCUGCAGCUGCCUCUCAGCUGACCUCUUUACAAGCUGAGUUUGAAAAGAUUCAGAAUGCAUGGAACCUUGCUCACCCAGAUUGCGCUUUCCAGCGUUAUUUUUACAACAAAGUCCCUCCUGAGCAAGCAGGAUUGUAUGUUAAACCCCCGAAUCACAACCAACAAAAGUGGGAUGAAGCUGUAGCCAAGCGGCCUAAUAACAGCGUUGUCCCUGUUCUAGCUGUCGGUUUUGCCGAUGUACAAAAGCGUAUAAAUAUGCAAAAGCAAUUAGUAAACGCGUAUCGUUUACGUAUGCAUGAAAUUGUCAAGACGCUUGAGGGACUUCACAAUAAGCACGAACUUGAUACCACCAUCAAACUCACCGAGGCGAAAAGCCGGCAUGUCGUGCUUUCUGAACGUGUGCUUCGACUUGCCAUCAAAGUCCAUGUUCUGCGUCAUCGCGGUUAUGCACUUAAAUCAAAUGAGGAGGAGUUACGCAAAAAGUUGGAUGAUCUGUCCAAAUCACUCAACAAUCCCCAGGCUUUUGGUCGUCUCAACGAGAUCUGGGCUCGGAUUACUCUGCUUUUCGAAAGUGAAAAUGAGAUGCUCUCGGGCGAGCAACGAAAUGCCCUGUUCAAGGGCGCCAUUGACUGGCAAAAAAACGAAGGUCAAUUAGACACUGUGGCCGAUGUGCUUCGAGAUCAUCAAACUGGUCUCAGCUAUCUGACUAAGCUUAUCAAGCAAGACCUGGAAGGCUUGAAUGGCAUCCUCGACAACGAGAUGGAUGAUGAGAAGGCGAUGUAACAUAAAGUACUCAAGAAAUCGAUUUGACUGGUUAGGGAUAUGAGGAUGUUUAAGCUUGUGAACGUGUUUAUCGAGUGUAACUGGGUGCCGUCGUGUUAGGGGUAUUGCACGCAUGUACAAGGAUAGCUGGUUGUUGAAUUGGUCAAAGACGUUUAGCAGCGAAGGACCGAGACGACAUGAAACCGAGCUUGGAGUAUAUGCCUUCUUUAAUCAGUAAAAUUGUUAUUUGCUUAACUAUUCUACACACGCCACUUCGUCCGAUAAGAAAUUCUGACAUUUGCUGUAUCGAUCAUCUCACAACCCCGGUACAAUUUAAAUUAAGGAGAAUGUUUCUCUUGUUUCUUCUAAGCGACCUACUUAACAAACUUUGAUUUGAACAUUGAAAUUGCAAAUGGAGCUACCCGGUUAAUAAAUGUUCAUUGUACCGAUUUUUCCAUCCUUACCGAUAGCCAACAAAGCUGCAAUGGUAGUUGCUUUCUUGAGUUCCUGCAUAAAAAGUUUGUUAACUUUACUGAAUAAUAUGUAUUUCUGUAACUUACAGCAGAA